UCCCUCCCUGAAUUCACUGAGUCAACUAGCUGCCAUUGUUGAACCUCCUCACGAGCUCCACCAACUCACUCUCGCAGCUCAUGGCAUCGAGAUCCUAGCGCAAAAUCGCUCGCAUUCGCUAUCCCCCGAAGAUCUCAGACUCCGCGGCGUCGCCGAGUCACAACUCGCUCCGAGCUGGGGAAUGGCUUCUUCGGAAGCCGAUUCCCGUCUGAAUCAGGUCGUGGUUCCCGCACUCGAGAAGAUCAUCAAGAACGCUUCAUGGCGAAAGCACGCGAAGCUCGCUCACGAGUGCAAAUCCGUCAUCGAGAGGCUCACUCACCAGCAGUUACCUCCUGGUUCUCCCACCGAUACCGAACCGGAAAACACGGUUCCCGGUCCGCUCCACGACGGCGGUCCGGUUGAGUUCUCGCUCGCCGAGUCCGAAUCGAUCCUCAGUCCUCUCAUCAAUGCCGCCAGUUCUGGCGUCCUUAAGAUCGCGGAUCCCGCCGUCGACGCGAUCCAGAAGCUCAUCGCGCACGGCUACCUCCGCGGCGAGGUGGACCCCGGCGGUGCCGCGGCGGAGGCGAAACUGCUAUCGAGUAUGAUCGAAUCGGUUUGCAAAUGCCACGAUUUAGGCGACGAGGCGAUGGAGUUGCUGGUGCUGAAGACGCUCUUGUCUGCGGUAACAUCAAUUUCGCUGCGAAUUCAUGGUGAUUGCUUGCUUCUCAUUGUAAGAACGUGCUAUGAUAUAUAUCUGGUGAGUAAGAAUGUAGUUAAUCAGACGACUGCGAAAGCGUCGUUGAUUCAGAUGUUGGUGAUUGUGUUUAGGAGAAUGGAGGCAGAUUCGUCCACGGUUCCGAUUCAGCCUAUUGUGGUGGCUGAAUUGAUGGAGCCAGUGGAAAAAUCUGAUGUGGAUAAUUCAAUGACGCAAUUUGUGCAAGGGUUUAUUACGAAGAUAAUGCAGGACAUUGAUGGGGUUUUGAAUCCUGUGACGCCGAGUGGGAAGGUUUCUCUGUUAGGUGGUCAUGACGGUGCGUUUGAGACCACUACGGUGGAGACGACGAAUCCCACGGAUUUGUUGGAUUCCACUGAUAAGGACAUGUUGGAUGCCAAGUAUUGGGAGAUUAGUAUGUAUAAGACGGCAUUGGAGGGCAGGAAGGAGGAGCUGGUGGAUGGGGAGUUGAUUGAGAGGGAUGAUGAUUUGGAGGUUCAGAUUGGGAACAAGUUGAGAAGAGAUGCUUUCUUGGUGUUUAGGGCGCUCUGUAAAUUGUCUAUGAAGACGCCCCCUAAGGAGGCGUCUGCGGAUCCGCAGUUGAUGAAGGGGAAGAUUGUGGCUCUUGAGUUGUUGAAGAUUUUGCUGGAGAAUGCUGGUGCUGUAUUCAGGACUAGUGAAAGGUUUCUAGGUGCCAUCAAGCAGUACUUAUGUUUAUCGUUGUUGAAGAACAGUGCUUCAACUCUUUUGAUUGUAUUUCAGCUGUCAUGUUCCAUCUUCAUCAGUCUGGUAUCACGGUUUAGAGCUGGAUUGAAAGCAGAAAUUGGUGUUUUUUUCCCUAUGAUUGUUCUCAGGGUCCUAGAAAAUGUUUCUCAACCGAAUUUUCAGCAGAAGAUUAUAGUGCUUCGAUUUCUUGAGAAGCUUUGUGUUGAUUCACAAAUACUGGUUGACAUAUUUAUCAACUAUGACUGUGAUGUCAAUUCAUCAAACAUAUUUGAGAGGAUGGUCAAUGGACUUCUGAAAACUGCUCAAGGUGUCCCUCCUGGUGUAACAACCACACUUUUGCCACCUCAAGAAGUAACACUAAAGCUUGAAGCCAUGAAGAGCUUGGUUGCUGUUCUAAAAUCAAUGGGAGAUUGGAUGAACAAACAAUUGCGCAUUCCUGAUCCUCAUUCAUCCAAGAAAAUUGAAGCAACUGAUAAUAGCCUUGAAACUGGCAGUUUUGCCAUGGUAAAUGGGAAUGGAGAAGACCCAGGGGAAGGAUCUGAGUCUCCUUCUGAAGCCUCCAAUGACGCAUCUGAUGUUUCAACUAUUGAGCAACGCCGGGCUUAUAAACUGGAACUCCAGGAAGGUAUAUCACUUUUUAAUAGGAAGCCUAAGAAAGGAAUUGAGUUCCUCAUCAAUGCCAACAAAGUGGGUGAUUCACCAGAGGAUAUAGCUGCUUUUCUUAAAGAUGCAUCUGGGUUGAACAAGACUUUGAUUGGUGAUUAUCUGGGAGAGAGGGAAGAGUUAUCCUUGAAGGUAAUGCAUGCUUACGUGGAUUCCUUUAACUUUCAAGGCAUGGAGUUUGAUGAGGCAAUCAGGGUUUUUCUUCAAGGAUUUAGACUACCUGGUGAGGCACAGAAAAUUGAUCGGAUCAUGGAAAAGUUUGCUGAACGUUAUUGCAAAUGUAAUCCAAAGGCCUUUUCUAGUGCUGACACAGCAUAUGUCCUUGCCUAUUCUGUUAUAAUGCUCAAUACAGAUGCUCACAAUCCUAUGGUGAAGAACAAGAUGUCUGCUGAUGAUUUCAUAAGAAACAAUCGUGGGAUUGAUGAUGGAAAAGAUCUGCCUGAGGAAUACUUGAGGUCCUUGUUUGAGAGAAUAUCUAGAAAUGAGAUCAAAAUGAAAGAAAGUGAUGUGACUCCACAACAAAAACAGGCUGUGAACCCUAAUAGACUUUUAGGCUUGGAUAGUAUAUUGAAUAUUGUGAUCCGUAAGCGUGGGGAAGAGAGUAUGGAGACCAGUGACGAUCUUAUCCGUCAUAUGCAAGAACAAUUCAAAGAAAAAGCUCGCAAAACUGAGUCAGUCUAUUACGCAGCCACAGAUGUUGUAAUCCUCAGAUUCAUGGUUGAGGUGUGUUGGGCACCAAUGUUAGCUGCCUUCAGCGUUCCUCUUGAUCAAAGUGAUGAUGAGACUGUAAUAUCUCUGUGUCUUGAAGGCUUCCGCUAUGCUAUUCAUGUUACUUCCGCAAUGUCCAUGAAGACUCAUAGAGAUGCUUUUGUGACUUCAUUAGCAAAGUUUACAUCACUACAUUCACCAGCAGAUAUUAAGCAGAAAAAUGUAGAUGCAAUUAAGGCAAUAGUUGCUAUUGCUGAUGAGGAUGGAAAUUACUUACAAGAAGCUUGGGAGCAUAUCUUGACUUGUGUUUCUCGGUUUGAGCAUCUACACCUUCUUGGAGAGGGUGCUCCACCAGAUGCCACAUUCUUUGCCUUUCCUCAGAAUGAUUCAGAAAAAACAAAGCAAGCAAAGUCAACCAUUCUUCCUGUUUUGAAGAAGAAGGGACAUGGGAGGAUGCAGUAUGCAGCUGCUACACUGAUGCGCGGUUCAUAUGAUAGUGCUGGCAUUGGCAGUAAUGUUUCUGGAGCAGUCACGUCAGAACAGGUGAACCAUAUAGUGUCUAAUUUAAAUAUGCUGGAACAAGUAGGAAGCUCUGAAAUGAACCGCAUAUUCACUCGGAGUCAGAAGUUGAACAGUGAGGCCAUAAUAGAUUUUGUUAAGGCUUUAUGCAAGGUCUCCAUGGAGGAACUGAGGUCUCCAUCUGAUCCACGUGUUUUCAGCCUUACAAAGAUUGUUGAGAUUGCGCACUAUAAUAUGAACCGCAUCAGGCUUGUGUGGUCAAGCAUCUGGCAUGUACUCUCUGAUUUCUUUGUAACUAUUGGCUGUUCCCCAAACCUUUCAAUUGCAAUUUUUGCUAUGGAUUCCUUGCGUCAGUUGUCAAUGAAGUUUCUGGAGCGGGAAGAAUUGGCUAAUUAUAAUUUUCAAAAUGAAUUUAUGAAGCCUUUUGUCAUUGUUAUGCGAAAGAGUAGUGCUGUUGAAAUUAGAGAACUAAUUAUCAGAUGUGUCUCUCAAAUGGUUCUAUCUCGUGUCAACAAUGUCAAAUCAGGAUGGAAAAGCAUGUUCAUGGUGUUCACAACAGCAGCUUAUGAUGACCACAAAAACAUUGUACUCCUGGCUUUUGAAAUUAUUGAGAAGAUUAUUCGAGAUUACUUUCCAUACAUCACUGAGACUGAAACCACAACCUUCACAGAUUGUGUGAAUUGUCUAAUUGCAUUCACUAAUAGUAGAUUUAAUCAAGAGAUUAGCCUAAAUGCCAUAGCUUUUCUUCGGUUUUGUGCAACAAAACUAGCAGAAGGAGACCUUGGCUCAUCAGCAAGGAAUAAGGAUAAGGAAGUUUCUGGAAAGAUUCCCUCACCUUCACCUCGAACAGGAAAAGAGGGGAAACAAGAUAACGGAGAGGUGACUGACAAGGAUGAUCAUCUCUAUUUCUGGUUUCCUUUAUUGGCAGGUCUUUCUGAGCUUAGCUUUGACCCAAGGCCAGAGAUUAGGAAGAGUGCCUUGGAAAUCUUGUUUGAAACCUUGCGUAACCACGGCCAUCUCUUUUCACUGCCUUUAUGGGAAAGAGUAUUUGAGUCUGUCCUAUUUCCAAUAUUUGAUUAUGUUCGACAUGCUAUUGAUCCUUCAGGGAGUAGUACCCCAGUCAAUGAAGUAGAGACUGAUGGUGAGCUUGAUCAGGAUGCUUGGCUGUAUGAGACAUGCACCUUGGCCCUCCAAUUGGUUGUAGAUCUUUUUGUCAACUUUUACAACACAGUCAAUCCACUUUUAAGAAAAGUGCUGAUGCUCCUGGUUAGCUUUAUAAAGCGCCCUCAUCAAAGCCUUGCUGGAAUUGGUAUUGCUGCAUUUGUUCGUUUGAUGAGUAAUGCUGGGGAGCUAUUUUCUGAUGAAAAGUGGUUAGAAGUGGUUUUCUCACUAAAAGAAGCAGCAAAUGCAACACUCCCUAACUUUACGUUUCUUGAAAAUGAAGACUUUACUAGGAAUCAUGAACGUGCUUCAACAGCUGAAGAUGAUAGAGAUCUUGCUGAGUCUGGCUCCCCAGGCUCCCCAGAUAAUGUUGAAAGCCUGAGGAUUCGCCGUCUUUAUGCUUAUUUAACUGAUGCAAAAUGCCGAGCUGCUGUUCAGCUUUUAUUGAUUCAGGCGGUGAUGGAGAUCUAUAACAUGUAUCGUUCUCACCUUUCAGCAAAAACCAUGCUAGUCCUGUUUGAUGCUUUGCACGAUGUAGCGUUUCAUGCACACAAGAUUAACAGUGAUUCUGCAUUACGUUCAAAGCUUCAAGAGUUUGGUUCUAUGACCCAAAUGCAAGACCCUCCCCUGUUACGCCUUGAGAAUGAGUCAUACCAGAUCUGCCUUACAUUUUUACAGAACCUUGUUGUUGACAAGCCUCCUAGUUAUGAAGCAGACGAGGUUGAAUCCUAUCUUGUUCGCCUUUGUCAGGAGGUUCUGGAGCUUUAUAUUGAAGUUGCAGGUUUUGGACAAAAAUCUGAAUCUUCUCAUGGUAGAAAGCCCCAGUGGUUAAUUCCUUUAGGCUCUGGGAAGAGGAGAGAAUUGGCUGCACGGUCACCUCUCGUUGUCGCUACUCUGCACUCCAUUUGUAGUUUGGGCGAUGUCUCUUUUGAAAAGAACCUGUCUCAUUUUUUCCCUCUUCUUUCUAGCUUGGUAAGUUGUGAACAUGGGUCCAACGAGGUCCAGGUUGCGCUUAGUGAUAUGCUUAGUUUAUCAGUUGGUCCUGUUUUGCUACAGUCAUGUUGAUCAUUUGGGUAAAAAGAUUAACCCUGCAUUGAGAUGUAGGAUAUUUUUUGUUUAAAUCUAUUUGUUCAUAUUUUUCUCUUCUCUCCUUUGCCUUGAAUUACUUGUCAAUGAUAUACUAUGACGGUGCAUGAAAAGUUUGUAGUGAUUUUGUGUUAGCUACACCUUCCUAACUUUCGUAGUUUACAAGCCUAGCUUAUCAAUUCAGAAUUAAUGUGUAUUACCUUGAGGC